AUGACUCCCACCUUUGCAAAGCCGGAGGGGGACAUCUCGUCUGUCUUUGCUUCGUUGUCCGACCGCGUCCAGGAGCUUCCCCAGCGUUUCGCUACGCUGAAGGAACAGAUCCUGGGAGCUAACGCUCAGCAGCGGGGGAAGCUUGAAGCCAGCUGGCAACGGCUUGUCACUUCACUUGAGACGGAAUUGAAUGAGAUAGUCAGAAGGGGGAGCGAGGUGAUCCCUGUUCUUGAUUUCUCGGACAUCUCCAGCGCAUCGGACAGCACGAGGGAGGAAAUUCGAAAGAGAGGCGCGUGCGUCAUCAAGAACGUCGUUCCGAAGGAGCAGGCCCUUGAGUGGAAAGAUAGGCUGCGUUCCUAUAUCAAAGCCAACCCCUCCACCAAAGCUUUCCCUCCUAAAGACCCCCAGGUGUACGAGCUUUAUUGGUCGACCAGUCAGAUGGAAGCUCGCGCACAUCCCAACCUGCUCCUGGCGCAGCAAUUCCUAAUGAGCUUGUGGGAUGACGACACGGACCGUUCCAACCCAGCCGAGGCCAUCAGUUUCGACCACAGCGCAACGUACUGCGAUCGCUUGCGCAUCCGACAGCCGGGCGACAAGACCUUCUCUUUGGGGCCCCAUGUUGAUGGAGGCGGAGUUGAACGCUGGGAAGAUCGCGAAUACCGCAACCUCUAUGCCCCGAUUUGGAACGGUGAGUGGGAGAAAUACAACCCGUACUCCGUCCGCGGUCGUCUUCGCGCCAACAUGGACCUUUAUAACGGACCAGGCGCCUGUUCGAUGUUCCGGAUGUUCCAGGGUUGGUUGAGUAUGUCCGCUGUAGGUGCACAUGAAGGCACCCUCCUCGUCAUGCCGCUCAUCCGACAAGCCACCGCAUACUGGCUUCUUCGCCCCUUCUUCGGACCUCCGGGCCACACCACCGCCGCCGCCGGGGCGGACCUUUCUGCCGAUUAUCUCCGCUCUUUCCGUCUCCUCCCAAAGCAGACAUCCAUCCUGCAUGGCGCCACGCCCGGCAUGGCGCAGGAGCUUAGCGCGCUUCUCCAUCCACACCUGCGACUGUCGAAGGCAAUGACCCAUAUGCCGAGGGUUCAGCCGGGCGACUAUGUCGCGUGGCAUUGCGAUACGGUCCAUGCUGUCGAUCCCGAGCACCAAGGCAAGACCGACAGCAGCGUGCUCUACAUCCCUACCACCCCGCUGUGCUUGAAGAAUGUAGAGUAUCUCGCAGGACAGCGCGAGACCCUCCUCAGUGGGACACCUCCCCCUGACUUCCCUGGUGGCAUGGGCGAGUGUCUGCAUGUCGGCCGUGGCACAAUCGAAGACGCUGAGCGUGUCGGUGGCAUCGAAGCCGUUCGCGCGAUGGGGCUUGCUCCGUUGGAUCUGACAGAAGCACGCAACCCUAGAACGAAGGCACUCUUCGCGGCUGCGAACCAGAUUUUGGAUUUUUGA